GUGGCCACUGGCCCUGGCCCUCUUUCCACACCUAAUGGUUUAAAAGUUGUGAGGCAUAAACAGGUGACAAUUGAGAACUGGUCAGACCCCUGAAGAAGAUGUUCCUGCUCCUGCUUCUCCUGGUGGCUGUCCUUCCAGUCAGCACUGAAGGAGGAGAAAUCUUUUGGGGUACAGAGUCCAAACCCCACUCCCGGCCCUACAUGGCAUUCAUAAAUUUUUAUGACAGUCAAUCAGACCGGCAGCGAUGUGGUGGUUUCCUGGUGAGAGAAGACAUCGUCAUGACCGCCGCUCACUGUAAUGGAAGGAAUAUAAAUGUAACCUUGGGUGCUCACAAUAUCAAGAAACAGGAAAAUACACAACACAUCUCGGUUCUUAAAGCCAUCCCUCACAAGAGCUUUAACAGUAAAACACUGGUCAAUGACAUCAUGCUCCUGAAGUUGAAACACAAAGCUAAACUCAAUGGUGUUGUGAAGACCAUUGCCCUUCCGAAGAGCCAGGACUGGGUGAAACCUGGGCAAGUGUGCACAGUGGCAGGCUGGGGAACCCUGGCCAAUUGUAGCCUGUCUAACACACUUCAGGAAGUAAACCUGGAAGUUCAAAAAAGUCAGACAUGCCAAGCAAUGUCCAAAAACUACAAGGACUCCAUCCAGAUCUGUGUGGGAAAUCCCAAGGAGAAGAAGGCUACUGCUGGGGGAGAUUCAGGGGGACCCUUUGUGUGCCACAAUGUGGCCCAGGGCAUUGUCAGUCAUCACUAUUGUACUGGAAAACCUCCUCGGGUAUUCACCAGAAUCUCAAGCUUUCUACCUUGGAUUCAAGAAAAAAUGAAACUCCUUCAACAACCCUAGAAGACAAGCCCUGUGUCUAGGGUAGUAUCCAACAUCCUGGGGCACAGCUACCUGAAUCUUAAUAAAGAAAAUCUGUCUUCACAACAAA